GGAUCUUUUGUUAAUAAGUUGGAACAUAAAGAUGAUUUUAGAAAUGGAAUUCAUGGAGGUUUCAAUAAUGCAUCACAUUGGGUUGAUUUUCAUGCUGCUUUGGCUGCUCUCUUGCUUCAAUCUUUGCAAUGCAGUUGCUUAUUUCGUCUCUCUCGUUUAUCUCUACUCGGUUCAUGCAAGGUAUAUAAUGAGAUUGAGGAAGAAAUUGGAGUAUGAGGAAAGAAAGCAAUCUUAUAGGAGAAGGGUGUUUUCGGAGUCAGAGUCGGUUCGUUGGUUAAACCAUGCUGUUGAGAAGAUAUGGCCGAUUUGUAUAGAACAGAUUGUGUCGCAGAAGAUUCUGCUUUCGAUCAUACCGUGGUUCUUGGAUAACUACAAACCAUGGACUGCUAAAAAAGCUGUGGUUCAGCACUUAUAUUUAGGAAGAAAUGCACCUUUGUUUACAGGGAUGAGGGUUCUUCACCAAUGCCCGGAUGACGACCACUUGGUAAUGGAGUUGGGAAUGAAUUUUCUCACAGCGGAUGACAUGAAUGCAGUUCUUGCUGUGAAACUAAGGAAAAGAUUGGGAUUCAGGAUGUGGGCAAAGUUGCAUAUAACAGGCAUGCAUGUUGAAAUUAAGGUUAAAAUUGGGGUGAAGUUUCUCAGGCAGUGGCCUUUCCUUAGUCGUCUGCGAUUAUGUUUUGUUGAGCUUCCAUAUUUCCAGAUGACUGUGAAACCUAUCUUUAAUCAUGGACUCAAUGUUACCGAAGUUCCAGGAAUUGCUGCAUGGCUUGAUAAGCUUCUCUCACUAGCAUUUGAACAGACACUUGUUGAGCCAAAUAUGCUUGUUGUUGACGUUUUGAAGUUUGCUUCACCCCAGCCAGAAAAUUGGUUUACUGUUAAUGAGAAUCAACCUCGUGCUCAUGCCAAGGUUGAAGUUGUUGAAGCAGCAGAUAUGAAACCUUCAGAUUCUAAUGGAUUGGCUGAUCCGUAUGUGAAGGGGCAACUUGGCUUGUAUAGAUUCAAGACUAAGACACAUAAGAAAACUUUGUUUCCAAAAUGGCAUGAGGAAUUCAUGAUCCCCAUCUCCUCAUGGAAGUCACCUAAUGUACUAGUUAUCGAAGUUUUCGACAAAGAUCAUUUUGUCGAUGAUACCCUCGGUAAAUGCACAGUGAAUAUCCAUGAUUUACGUGGUGGCCGGAGACAUGACAUGUGGUUAACUCUUCAAAGUGGUAAAACCGGAAGAUUGCAUCUUGCAAUAACCGUGGUUGAAGAUAACACUAAGGGAAAUAAUGGCACAGUUGAUGCCGAAGCAUUAAACAAAGAAGACACACAAAAAGCCUUACCAGCUAAAGCUUCUGAUAAAGGUUCAUCCUCACCUGUACCCUCGAAGAAACCUCAGAACUUACCAGAUCAUUUUGAGCCUAUAAACAUUGAAGGACAACAAGAAACUUGUAUAUGGUUUCACCAGCCAGGAAGUGAAGUGUCACAGACAUGGCAACCGAGAAAAAGGAAGGGUAGGAGCAGUGAAACACAGAUUGAUGGGGUGUCUACUGAUUCUUUUGGCGGUACCCUUUCUGGAGGAUCUGAAUCCCCUAAAAGUGACAGCAACAGUUCCCCCGAAGCGAAAAUAAACCGAGUUAAGCGCGGUCUUCAGAAGAUAAGUUUGGCAUUUAAUAGUUCCAAAAGUCACGAGGGCAGCCUAGAAGAGGUGGUUCAAACUCCAAAUGCUAACUUCAGAACUGUUAAUGACAAGGAAGAUGCUGUGAAGUUAGCCCCAGAUGACAAUCUUCCUUCAACCGAAAAGGUCUCAAACAAAGAAAGCUCAAGUUCUAAUGAAAGCAGCUCCGAAAGCCCUAGCAGAAUGAAAGGUAUGGCAAAGAGUUUUCUAAAACAUGCCGAGAAAUCCGCUCGUCAGCUCAAAUGUGUUCUUUCCAUUAAAGGAAGAAAAUUACUUGAAUCAUCUAUGGUCGACCAAGAGUUCACACUAGAAUCCGAAUCCUCUGGUGAUGAAUCAAUGUCAUCCCCCGCGGACAAGAGAUUACCAACGGCUUCCAAUCCUGUUUCCACAGCUUCCAGUGGCAAUACCGAAACGCAGGAGCUUGACGUCGUGCUGGAUUCAAGCAACCAAGUUGAUCGAGCAAUCACGAUUGAGCGACGAAAAGAAGAUAAUAACGAGGUGAAUAACUCCAAUAAACUCAGUAAUGCAGUGACUGAUCAGUCUUGGAAAUUGAAGUUCCUAAAGCAUACUUGGAGUGUAAGAAACAAGUAUAGAAGAAAUUCUAUGGGGGAUAAAUAAAACAUGGUUAAUAUAUAUAUAUAUUAAAAAAAGGUCUCUGAACUUUACUCCUUUAUUAAGAUAAGUCCUUCUUUACACUUAAAUCAUCCUUUUAGGUUUAUACUUAAGUAAGCUCUUAUUUCAAGGGGAAGGUUGAUUUUUGCUGGGGGUUAUUUAGGUAUAAUUGAAGUUCAAGGGCUUAUUUGAGUAUAAGUGAAAAAGUUUAGGGAUUUUUUUGAAAUUUAGUUUAGCU